GACGGCCCCGGCGGCCGCAGGAGCUCUCCGCCCGGCUGCGUCCGGCCCUCGGCUGCCCCGCACCGCCGCGCCGCCGAGCAGGAAGGGCCGGAGGGAUGGGGCUCGGCAUGGUGAAGCUUUGGAGGCCCUCAGCACAGGAGCAGCCUGCCCAAAGAAAACAUCAAGGGGUUUGGGUCUGACCCACACAAUCGGCAGGGCCAUGAAGCUGAACGAGCGGAGUGUGGCCCACUAUGCCACCUGUGACUCGCCCGCCGACCAUGCUGGCUUCCUCCGCAAGCGGGUGGAGCGGCAUCACCACCAUGGCCACCACCACCAUGGCACCUCCUACCAACGCCGCUGGUUUGUCCUCAAGGGCAACCUCCUCUUCUACUUUGAGGAACGGGAGAGCCGGGAGCCUGUGGGGCUGGUGGUGCUGGAGGGCUGCACGGUGGAACUGUGCGAGGCCGCUGAGGAAUUCGCCUUUGCCAUCCGCUUCGAUGACGCCGGUGCGAGGGCUUAUGUGCUGGUGGCUGAUGGGCAGGCUGCUAUGGAGGCCUGGGUGAAGGCACUCUCACGGGCCAGCUUUGACUACAUGCGGCUGGUGGUCAGGGAGCUGGAGAAGCAGCUGGAGGAGGCCUGCAAGAGCUUGGCUGCUUGCCGCAAGUCUCCACGGAGGUCCUCCUCCUCUGGCAGGAAGAGGCACCUCUCCAACCCUGCUUUGCUGCCUCUCCAGGAGAAGCCCACCCUCCUGGAGAAUGGGUACUCCACGUGGGGUAGUGGUGGUGGCAUCCCCGGGAUGGCUGCCUGCCCCGACCGUGACGGGGUGCAUACCAAACCCCCACCCCUGCCUCCGCGCCGGCGCUCGGCUGCCAGCAGCGCUGCAGGGUCCCCAACAUCUGGCCUCCCACCAGCCAUGGUGGAGAGCCUGGUGUCACCAGAGACGGCCUGCUUCUCCAAGCUGCACAGCUGGUAUGGACAGGAGAUUGCAGCACUGAGACAGGAGUGGCAGGAGAGGCAAAAGAAGGGACAUCCCUGAGUGGGGGCACAAGCCACCGGCCACCUGAUGCCUGGCAGCCUGUCUUCCAGGUGGGAAGAGUGAAGCAAAGGAUGCUGUUUGCCCCCUGCCCUGGUCGGUGGCCAAGUGUGUGGUAUGUGUGUGCUUCAUGAGGCAUGUGAGAGGGACUUGUGUCUUCUCAAAACCCCCGUGUUUCAUUUUCAUGAGGCUUUAUACAGCUGGAGAGUGUGGAGUUCCAGGAGAGCUGCCUUUGAACUCUCCUUCGCUGGUGAUGUGUGAUGUGGAGGGGGCCCAAAUCAGCAUGUCUGCAACAAACCUCACCCACUGGGCUUGGCCCCUUGCCGUGCUGACCUGGUGGAUGAUCUGGGUGCUUCGUGGCCCACCUCUUCUUCACCAAUUUUUUUUAUUUUUUAUUUUGUGUCUCAGCGUAGAAGUUUGCACAGCUCAGUGCUAAAUAUCGUCUGUGGUUUUGUGCCAAAGUUCAUAUGUCUUUGCUUUUUCAUCACAGAUGAGGCUGGGCUCUUAUGGCCUCUAAUGGCCACUGGCCCUGGCAAGUGCCUCCAGCCUUCUUCCUCUCAUCACAAGACAAGAGUGAUCUACUAUGGCUGUGGCUGGCCCAGCAGCCAGAGCAGGCUCUCAUGUCAUCAUUUGUUUUUACUUUCACCCACACUAAACCUCCUCCCUGCUAAUUCCCUUAGGAUGUGGAUUUCAUGAGUUUGCAUCUGUCUCUUUGAGUGCUCGAGAUAGCAGUGAAGCUGAAAUGGAGACGCUGAGAAACAGCAAGGACCAGAAGGUCCUCAGGGCUGAUCUGGACUCUGCCAAGCCUGUUAAUAUCUGGCGUAAGCCUUCCCUGUUCCAAAACAAUGCUGAAGCCUCUUUGUCUGGCCAGGGGUAAAUUUCUCAGCCUCUGCACAGACUGUAGCUCCUGCAGAGUGCCAUAUAGGGCUCAGCCGGCUUGUUGGGCAGCUUGCCCGAGCUGACAUCCAGAGCUGCGCCCUCAGUCUUGCAUGGCCUCUCCUGCUGUUGUGGUUCUGCCCAGCUGCUGCCAGAGCUGCGCAAUCAGAGGAGAGGCUCUGGAGGAGGAGGGGGGCUGGCUCUUGGCGAGAAGUGAAGGUGUGGGUGUGAGUUACAGGUAGCGCUGGCUGACUGUGUCAGCAGUGUCGGGGCUUGCCCCUAGAGCGCCUGUUCUGCUGGUGCUUCCCUCCGAUUUUGUGGCAGCAUUGCUCAGCUGAGCUCUACAGCAUGUCCCAUCCUCCUGGAACAUGAGAAGCACUGCAGGGAGGGGACCCUCUUGCCUCAGUCCGAAACCUUGGCCACAAGGCCGAUGGUACAAGUAGGUGGGUGCUGAGUCUAGGGGCUGCAGCACCCUGGAGGUGGGCUUGGUAAAUCUUCACUCUUACCGUCUUGGUCAGGGCUGUUUUUCAAAGCAGAAAAAAUACGUAAAGCGGUCUUGUGCUUCCUGUUUUAGUGUUAAACCUGUUUUUGUUGCCUUGUUUUAUUAAGGAACCUUGCUAGGAAAGAAAGAGGCUGUUCCAGUCAUGACUGGUAGGAACCUAUUUGCCUUUCUGGAGUUAAAUGCACUCAGCUUGAUACUUUGCAAUAGCCAUUAGAGAUUGUCAAUGCAGAAAUCAAAUACCUUCCAUUACCUUUUGGUGCCUUUGCAAAUAUAUCUCUGGUAGUUUUGGAUGAUGAGCUUCCAGCCUCCUGCCUAAUUGUGGCUUCAAGGUGCAUUAGAGGAUGUUUCAGACUUAACUAAGACAGUUUGACAGUAAAAAUUUAACUUCCAAAAUGAAUCAAAAUGUAAUGGCAUCUCCUACGUGAGACCCAAGAAUCAGGAGAGUCUUGGAAAGGACAAUAAAUUAACAAAGCCAGUUCUGUCAGAACUAGAACUGAAACAGCAUUACUCUUUUAAGGGCAGCUUCACUUUUAAGAAGCUUAGUUUGUUUUAAUAAGCCAGGAUUGGGCUAGUAACACUACUAAAGAGCUUAUUUUUAAUGCUUUAAUCUGUCCCAUUCAAAUGGCACAAUUUCCACGCUACCUGCCUAUGCGUGAGCACGUAUUCCAACUAAAUACUGAAUCCUGCAAAUGAGCUGUGCUCAGGACUUUCUGUCUGAUCGCAUUUGGAGUAAUACUGUGCUUUAUUCUGCAGCUCCAAGAAGAAACCGGCUGAACCCUGAACAUUAUUUGUGCUCAGCCCAGCAGGCCUUGCCUUUGCUAGGUCUCCAAAGUGCUGCCUGACUCGGGAUGCACUACAUCAGGGCUUCUUCACCAGCCUAGUAGGGGUGGCCCUUUUUGAGUAAAAAGAUCCAUAAUUGGAGUCAUACCCAAUUUUGUAUGGGAGGACAGAUAUUUUUAACGACCACUCCACAUGCUUCAUUAUGGAGGAAGCACCUGGGUGCUCCGCCACCUCCUCUGAGAUAAAGGCUAUCAAACCAGCUCGGCUGAGAAUGGGUUGUGCUGAUGAAAAUCAGCAGCACCUUUGAAGCAGCCCCCAGAGGAGAAGGUCGGGAUUUCAGCUUCCUGCACUUGCACAUGCAGUUAGUUAAUGGAGGGUCCUCUCUGUCCAUCUGCAGGCAGAGAUCAUUACAGGAAAAUCUUGAGUUUUCAUUGCACGUUGUCCGUGGCAGCAAAAGAAGAGUGAUUGCCACAGACUAUUUUUCUCCGGGCAUUCAGGCUUGGACUGUUUCACCUCCCACCUUCACUUUUCCUUAUUAUUUUUUAAAAAUAGAAAAUGUCUGGCCAGCACAAAACAGGUUCUCUAGCUAACGGGGAGCUGAGUACUAAGGCUGAAUGGCUACUUUUCUUACACAUCAAAUCCUUUUCUAAGAGUUGAUAGGGGUUUUUUUUAGCACAAUAAUGCAAAAGCAAUGAAGAGAAAAAUGUUUGAAUAUAAUGCUUGAAGGCAAAAGAAACUGAAGACUUAAGAGGGAGGGCAAUUCUGACAUGGCCUUUGUAAGCUGUGUCCAGAACAGCUCCCAGUCCUGCUAAAAUAGUUGAUGAAAUUCUUCUGGUUUUGAGGCUGGCAUUUCAGAUUCAGCCUCCUAAUGUAUUGCUAUAUUUCUGCACAAUAAUUUUUUUUUUUACAACAACUGUGGUGAUCUUCUCCACCAGAAUCCAGGUCCUAUCAAUAAAAGUAACCCAGAGAUUCUACCCGUGGCUACCACUAGCCACUUGGUGGACAUUCAUGACCAAGGUCAGGUAUUUUCCACUACAAUAGCUACUGCAUUAAUACUUUGGGGGUAGGUGAGCUCCCCUCCUACUCUUGCCUGUCUCAGCUGCCUUUGCAGAGAACCUUAACCCCCACUGAAAGGGCAUAGGGAGGUGCCCAUGACAGCAGCCACCUUCUACAAUUACCAGGCAACACUACAACCUACAGAAACACUCAUACUUUUUGAAGUGCUUGUAUCUUAGGUAGAAGACAUGAUACUUUUUUUUAAGGGGCGGUUUUUGCAUGCGCCUUUGUUUUACACGCGGAACCUGUAUUACGCAUUUCAAGACAUAAUGUUAACGUUUGUAUUUUAUGCCGUGAAGCCAAUAAACCGCUGUGAUU